AUGCUGAAGAUCGAGGAAGGCCAAGGUUCUCAUUUACAGCCUCCAAGUAGCUUUGUUAACCUGGGAAUUAGCGAUGACGAUGACCGGCUGCUCAACCAUUCAUUUCGCGAGGUCAACCAGUCGGUUCAAGAAACAAAGUACAUCUCUAUUCCGCGAAGUCACGUCGACGGACCAGUAGAGCAGUCGUUCGCGCAAGGCCGUCUCUGGUUCAUCGAUCGCUUGUAUCCAGAAUCAACGUGGUAUCUGGUGCCCCUUGCCACGCGUCUACGCGGGCCACUCCAUCUAGAUGCGCUGAACGUGGCGUUACUGGCCCUCGAGGAACGCCACGAGCCGCUGCGGACCACCUUCAUGCACCGAGAUGGUGUGGACCUGCAGGUCAUCCACGAGUUCGCGCCUAAGCAGGCAAGGGUCAUCCCGAUACCCGGCGGUAGCUGGGAGACCCUGACACAAACCCUCCAUCAGGAACAUACCACCCCCUUCAAGCUCGAGACCGAGCCCGGAUGGAGGACCGCGAUCUUCCGUCUUGCCGAGGACGAUCACGUCCUCUCCAUAGUCAUGCACCACAUUAUCUCCGAUGGAUGGUCGCUAGACAUUCUCCAGCGUGAGCUGUCGAAAUUCUACUCGGCCGCUGUCCGUGGCCAAGAUCCGCUGUCACAGGUGCAUCCCCUGCCUAUUCAAUACAAGGACUUUGCGGUAUGGCAGAAGCAAACGGAGCAGACAAUUGAACACCAACGGCAGCUAGAGUACUGGAAGCGGCAGCUGGAUGGGAGCCAGCCAGCUGAGUUCCUGAAUGAUAAGCCUCGACCUACCGCGCUGUCCGGCGUGGCCGAGGUGCAUGAGGUCGCAAUCGAAGGUGUGCUGUACCGCAGCCUCGAGCAAUUCUGCAAGAAGACGCAGGCUACGCCAUUUGCGGUGCUUCUCGCUGCCUUCAGGGCGACGCACUACCGCCUCACGGGCGCUGAAGAUGCCACGAUCGGUACGCCGGUCGCGAACCGGAAUCGACAAGAACUAGAGAACAUCAUUGGAUUCUUCGUCAACCUUCAAUGCAUCCGUGUCACGGUAGAGGAGGAAACAUUCGAAACCUUGGUUCAAAGAGUCCUGUCUACUACUGCAGAAGCAGCCGCGCAUCAAGAUGUACCCUUCGAGAGGAUUGUUGCGGAACUCCGGCCAGGCGCCCGGGAUUUGUCGCGUAAUCCAUUGGUACAAUCUGUGUUUGCCGUCCACUCUCAACAGAACAUUGGUAAACUUGGACUUGCCGGGCUUGAUACGGAGUCGGUAGGCGAGACACGAACGUCUAGAUUUGAUCUUGAGUUUCACUUUUUUCAACAAGAUAGCCAUAUGCAUGGUUAUGUUAUGUUUUCGAACGAGCUUUUCGACGCCUCGUCGAUCCACUGCAUGACUUCCGUCUUCUUCGAGAUCCUCGAGCGCGGUCUCGCAGACCCGACCGUCUCUAUUGCGACUGUGCCGUUAACACGCGGCCUUGCCGCUCUCGCUGACAUGGGCCUCACCCAAGUGGCCCGUACAGACUAUCCACGCGAUUCUAGCGUGCCGGCUCUGUUCCGCCAACAGGCUGCCAUCUCGGCCAACACGGUCGCAGUCAAGGACGCCUCCUCCCAGCUCACAUACGCGGAACUGGACGCUCAAUCCGAUCGCCUGGCCGACUGGCUGGCUCGACAGGAACUCCGCCCAGAGACCAUGGUCGGAGUGCUCGCUCCGCGAUCGUGUGAGACCAUCGUCGCCUUCCUUGGUAUCCUCAAGGCCAACCUCGCCUACCUGCCGUUGGAUGUCAACGUGCCGCCUGGGCGUAUCGAAAGCAUCUUAUCCACCGUUGUCGGUCCCAAGCUCGUGCUACUAGGUGCCGGAGUGACGGCCCCAGUCUUAACGCUUACCGAUGUCGAGUUUCUCCCUAUUGCGAACACCCUCGACCACCCUGGCAGAGCCACCAGCACCAAUAACAUUGUGCGCCCCGAACCGUCCGCAACAAGCCUCGCGUACGUCAUGUUUACCUCGGGGUCGACCGGCCGGCCCAAGGGAGUGAUGGUAGAGCACCGCGGUAUUGUACGGCUGGUCAAAAACACCAACGUGAUGACACAAGCUCAAGCAGCCGUUCCCAUAGCCCAUAUUGCCAAUCUGGCCUUUGACGCAGCGACAUGGGAGAUCUAUGCAGCCCUCCUCAACGGCGGCACGGUUAUCUGCAUUGAUCAUAUGACAGUGCUGGACCCAGUCUGUCUGAGCCGGGUAUUCCUGGGAGAAGGAAUCACUGCCAUGUACUGCGCCCCUUCCCUCCUGAGGCAAUUGAUUGAUGAAAUGCCCUCCGCACUUCGCGCAUUGGAUGUUUUGAUUAUCGGAGGCGAGAUAUUCAGGACCCAGGAUGCCUUUAACGCACAACGAUUGGUUAAAGGCAGUGUUCUGAACUGUUACGGCAAUACAGAGAACACGGGCUAUACUGCUAUAUAUCGCAUCUCAAGACGCGAUGCGAUUGUGGACAACGUCCCGAUUGGUCGUACGAUAAGUAACUCUGGGGUACUGGUCAUGGACCCAAGGCAGCAGGUCGUGCCGUUAGGAGUGAUGGGAGAAAUUGUUCUCAUAGGUGACGGAGUAGCCCGGGGUUAUACCGAUGCGAGUCUGGAUCAGGGACGAUUUCAACAUAUUGAGGUCAACGAAAGACGAGUGAAGGCAUAUCGCACUGGGGACCGCGGCCGAUACCGACCGCGUGACGCUCAGCUUGAAUUUUUCGGGCGCAUGGACUAUCAGGUCAAGAUCCGUGGUCACCGCAUCGAAAUGGGCGAGGUGGAGCAUACAUUGGUAAACGAUUGUCUGGUCAAAGAUGCUGUUGUUCUAGCCCACGCAGUACGGGGUACAGAAUCAGAAUUAAUCAGCUUCGUCACCAUCGACUGGGAAGUGGCAUCCUUGCAGCCAGAACAGGAGGAGAAUGUUUGCGGGAAAAAUGAUGAGGGAGAGCAAAUCCGGGCAUGGACGAGCCUCUUCGAUAACCGCACUUAUGCGAAAAUUGAUACCAUCACAACCAACCGUCUUGGUAGAGACUUCAUGGGUUGGAAGUCGAUGUACGAUGGAGAGCCGAUCGACCGGGCCCAGAUGAAUGAGUGGCUAGACGAGACCAUUGCAGCCAUUCAGGCGACCGGGCCACUGGAAAACGUCCUCGAAAUCGGAACAGGCACUGGCAUGAUCCUGUUCAACCUCGCAGAACACCUUCAAUGUUAUGUUGGGCUUGACCCGUCUGCAGCGGCCGUCUCCUUCGUCGCCAACGUCGCUAGCGCCGAUCCUAGCCUUGCAGAAAAAGUCGACAUUAGAGUUGGUACGGCUGCAGAUAUUGGGAAACUAGGCCCCCUGGUGUCUCCCAAUCUCGUGAUUGUCAAUUCGGUGGCACAGUACUUCUCUAGCGCCCAAUAUCUCCUCAACACGGUGGAGAGUAUUCUUCGGCUAAAGACCGUAGAGCGCAUAUUUUUCGGCGAUAUACGCUCCCUUGCCUUAUAUCGAGAAUUCAAAGUCAGCAAGUCCCUACACACUCUAGGUGACAGAGCUACAAAGUCGGAUAUGCGGCGCAAUAUGGCGACGAUUGAGGAGACCGAGGAAGAGCUGCUCAUUGACCCGGGCUUUUUCACAAGCCUACUGAGCCGCUUCCCCGAUCGAAUUGAGCAUGUCGAGAUUCUACCGAAACGAAUGAAAGCAACGAAUGAGUUGAGCUGCUAUCGCUUCGCUGCUGUGAUAUAUUUAAGGCGCUAUGAUGGGCCACCCCGACUAGUCCGUGAUAUUAGCAGUGGAAUGUGGACUGACUUCCAAGCUGAACACCUUAACCGCACGGGACUCCUACGCCUCUUACACGACUCCUCAGCAUCGGACCUUGUAGCUGUGAGUAACAUCCCUUACAGCAAGACUGUCCUUGAACGGCAUUUAGCACAAGUGCUGGACGAUGGCGUGAACGAUGAAACAGCGGAGGACCAAGCAGACUGGCUGGCAGCAGUUCGCGCAUCAGCGCGAUGCUGCCCUGCGCUAUCGGCCUAUGAUAUAUCGGAGCUAGCGGAGGCAGCAGGGUUUCGCGUCGAGCUCAGCUGGGCUCGUCAAAGUUCGCUACGGGGCGCCCUUGACGCCAUUUUCCACCGUGUAGAAGGCCAGCGUCCAUUAUUCCAAUUCCAGACGGACCACCAAGGCAGGCCCGCAGGCUCAUUCACGAAUCGACCACUACGGCGGCAAGAGACCCAAAAGAUUGAAUCCUACCUACGAUGUGCUCUACAGGCCACGUUGCCGUCAUACAUGAUCCCGUCGCGGAUCACCGUUCUGGACAGCAUGCCGCUAAAUCCAAAUGGGAAGGUCGACCGCCGCGCAUUGCAACAGCUCGCACUCACCCUCUCGGAGAACAAGGGCCCGCGCAGCAUUGUCCCGGCGCAGACGCCCGUAGAGCGAGCGCUAUGUGAAGAGUUUGCCCAUGUUCUAGGGAUGGAGGUUGGCCUAACAGACAACUUCUUCGAUCUCGGCGGUCACUCGCUUAUGGCCACUCGCGUGGUAUCGCGGAUCAACCGACGGCUAGACGUUUCCCUCACCGUCAGAGAUGUGUUCGCGUGCCCAAUCGUGGCAGAUUUGGCCGCAAAAGCGGGUCAAUCACUUGGAGAAACAAAGUACAUCUCUAUUCCGCGAAGUCACGUCGACGGACCAGUAGAGCAGUCGUUCGCACAAGGCCGUCUCUGGUUCAUCGAUCGCUUGUAUCCAGAAUCAACGUGGUAUCUGGUGCCCCUUGCCACGCGUCUACGCGGGCCACUCCAUCUAGAUGCGCUGAACGUGGCGUUACUGGCCCUCGAGGAACGCCACGAGCCGCUACGGACCACCUUCAUGCACCGAGAUGGUGUGGACCUGCAGGUCAUCCACGAGUUCGCGCCUAAGCAGGCAAGGGUCAUCCCGAUACCCGGCGGUAGCUGGGAGACCCUGACACAAACCCUCCAUCAGGAACAUACCACCCCCUUCAAGCUCGAGACCGAGCCCGGAUGGAGGACCGCGAUCUUCCGUCUUGCCGAGGACGAUCACGUCCUCUCCAUAGUCAUGCACCACAUUAUCUCCGAUGGAUGGUCGCUAGACAUUCUCCAGCGUGAGCUGUCGAAAUUCUACUCGGCCGCUGUCCGUGGCCAAGAUCCGCUGUCACAGGUGCAUCCCCUGCCUAUUCAAUACAAGGACUUUGCGGUAUGGCAGAAGCAAACGGAGCAGACAAUUGAACACCAACGGCAGCUAGAGUACUGGAAGCGGCAGCUGGAUGGGAGCCAGCCAGCUGAGUUCCUGAAUGAUAAGCCUCGACCUACCGCGCUGUCCGGCGUGGCCGAGGUGCAUGAGGUCGCAAUCGAAGGUGUGCUGUACCGCAGCCUCGAGCAAUUCUGCAAGAAGACGCAGGCUACGCCAUUUGCGGUGCUUCUCGCUGCCUUCAGGGCGACGCACUACCGCCUCACGGGCGCUGAAGAUGCCACAAUCGGGACUUUAAGUAACGGUCGCAAUCGACAAGAGCUAGAAGACAUCAUCGGCUUCUUUGUUAAUUUACAAUGCAUCAGGACGACGGUUAAAGAUGAAUCCUUCCAAGCUCUUGUCCGACAAGUUUUGCUCACAACCGCAGAAGCGGCCGCACAUCAAGACGUACCGUUCGAUCGAAUCGUCGCAGAAUGUCGACCAGGGCCUCGCGAUCUUUCUCGAAAUCCUCUCGUCCAAAAUAUCAUCUCCUUUAACGCCCAGGAAAAUAUCAACAACUUUCAGAUUCGUGGGUUGGAGACACACUCUGUAGGAGAAACAAAGACGUCCAGGUUUGACCUCGAGUUCAAUUUCUUCCAACAAAACGAUUGCGUACGCGGUCAAGUCCUGUUCGCGACUGAUCUUUUCGACGCCUCGUCGAUCCACUGCAUAACUUCCGUCUUCUUCGAGAUCCUCGAGCGCGGUCUCGCAGACCCGACCGUCUCUAUUGCGACUGUGCCGUUAACACGCGGCCUUGCCGCUCUCGCUGACAUGGGCCUCACCCAAGUGGCCCGUACAGACUAUCCACGCGAUUCUAGCGUGCCGGCUCUGUUCCGCCAACAGGCUGCCAUCUCGGCCAACACGGUCGCAGUCAAGGACGCCUCCUCCCAGCUCACAUACGCGGAACUGGACGCUCAAUCCGAUCGCCUGGCCGACUGGCUGGCUCGACAGGAACUCCGCCCAGAGACCAUGGCCAACCUCGCCUACCUGCCGUUGGAUGUCAACGUGCCGCCUGGGCGUAUCGAAAGCAUCUUAUCCACCGUUGUCGGUCCCAAGCUCGUGCUACUAGGUGCCGGAGUGACGGCCCCAGUCUUAACGCUUACCGAUGUCGAGUUUCUCCCUAUUGCGAACACCCUCGACCACCCUGGCAGAGCCACCAGCACCAAUAACAUUGUGCGCCCCGAACCGUCCGCAACAAGCCUCGCGUACGUCAUGUUUACCUCGGGGUCGACCGGCCGGCCCAAGGGAGUGAUGGUAGAGCACCGCGGUAUUGUACGGCUGGUCAAAAACACCAACGUGAUGACACAAGCUCAAGCAGCCGUUCCCAUAGCCCAUAUCACCAACAUUGCGUUUGAUAAUGCGACGUGGGAAAUAUAUAUGGCGCUCCUCAACGGCGGCACGCUGGUCUGUAUUGAUCAUAGAACUCUUUUGGAUGUCCAUGCCUUGGGUCGUGUCUUAAAGGAACAGGGAGUCAAGGCUGCUAUGUUCACACCAGCUCUGCUGAAGCAAUUCCUUAGGCACAUUCCCAAUCUCCUUACUGGAAUCACUACCCUUGUUUCGGCGGGCGACCGUUUGGACCAUCGUGAUGCCACCGAGGCAAGGAUGUUUAUUCAAGGGAAGUUCAUCAAUGCAUAUGGGCCUACCGAAAACACAACCUCAAGCACAUUCUACGUUAUCCCGCGUCAUGGAAACAAUGUCAACGGAGUUCCUAUUGGUCGUGCAAUCAGCAAUUCUGGUGCAUUUGUCAUGGAUCCGCAGCAUCGACUUGUCCCGCUUGGCGUGAUGGGCGAACUUGUCGUAACCGGUGAUGGAUUGGCUCGAGGAUACACCGAUCCGGCACUAGAUACUGACAGAUUCGUUCAUCUUGAAAUCAACGGACAGCUCAUACGAGUUUAUCGAACUGGAGACCGUGUGCGUUAUCGGCCUACUGACGGCGAGCUCGAGUUCUUCGGGCGUAUGGACCACCAGGUCAAGAUACGCGGGCACCGUGUCGAGCUGGCAGAAGUGGAGGACUCUUUACUACGAGAGGAUUUGGUCAGCGAUGCCGCCGCCAUGGCCCGAGAGCUGGAAGGUGAUGUUGAACUGGUCGCAUUUGUUACUGUCCACCGCUACAAUACCUCAGUAUACUCUGCCGAUACACGUCGGAUUACUGCAGAGCAAUAUUUGACGAUACCGCAGGUUGGUUUCGGACUAUACCAAGACCUGGAAACGCUACUUCGUAACGCCCUACGUGCUGUGCUACCAGCGUACAUGAUUCCGUCACGGAUUAGGGUCUUGGAUGAGAUGCCUCUCAAUGCGAACGGAAAGGUUGACCGGCGAGCGCUUGCGGCAUUAAUGACGAACACAGCCACAGUCCAAGAUUCUCGCCGGGUAGUUCCUCCCCGAACCGACAAGGAGCGGGCCAUCUGUGAAGAAUUCGCCGGGGUUUUAGGCUUCGAGAUUGGCAUCACAGAUAACUUCUUCGAUGUCGGCGGCCACUCUCUCAUGGCCACACGCCUACUCUCUAGAAUCAACACACGCUUGCAUUGCAAUCUAAUUCUCCGCGACCUCUAUCGGCACUCCAGUCCAGAAGAAUUGUGCCAGGAGAUCAAUCUCCGAGCUACUAAUGGCUUUGAUCCUGGAAUGUCACAUUCGUACCUAGAGCUGCACGCCCGGGACAACAACCGUACGACUUUGAUUCUGAUACACGGCUUCUGGGGAUUAGGAAGUGUCUUCGCAGGACUGGUUCCCAUGUUGCAUGACGCCCUCAAUGUCUUGAUUGUACACGAUCCUUUCUUUGGGCGGCCACAAGGGCCGCAGACAGUAUAUGACUGGGCAGUCUUUUAUCUCACAGCUCUCAAGGAACACGUGCCGUCAGAUCACUGCGUGAUUCUCGGUGGAUACUCUUCCGGAGCUUUGAUCGCCUUAAAGAUGGCUUCAAUGUGGUGUGAAUGGCACGCUGCGAAUCUAAAAUCCGUCGUUUUGCUAGAUCCUGGGAUCUACGAAGUCACAGAUAUUAGCAAGCUGGAUCCCACUGCCAUUGAUGACGAGCUCCAACAUGGUCUUCAGCUUUUCGGGCAUGACCAAAGGGUGUACGUUCAGCAACACUUCACAAAGCUUGGCCCGCUGAUGCUGAGCCUGAGGGGACAGCCGAAAUACCGCGGAAGGGGUCUCUAUGUUUCAACAAAUGACACACUGAAAUCUGGGGUUUCUCAAUGGUGGGCCAACAACUAUCCGCUGUUGCAGGUACACCAUGUUAGCACAACCCAUCACACUCUGUUUGAGGGAAAUGCAUUAGGAGAACUCAGCAAGGCUAUAAAUCAGCAGUGUGUUCCAAACCUCCAUCCGCUUGGAAGAAAUUCUCCAGCUGUGGCGAUUCACAGGGGAAGCAAGAUCAUCAAUGUAGACAUGUUGUCAUCGGAUGAUUUGUCUGAACAAAUUCGUCAAUCACUCAUUGGAAUCAGCAAUGGUAUUGCUGCCGAGAAAGUUAUCUUUACCACCAAUCACGACCUGGACGCGGUCUCACUUCGAGCUCUCGCGGCUCAAGGAUUAGCAAAGGCACUCACUGGUCCGUAUCAUUGGGCUGUCCAGUGUUACUGGUUGCAGAAUGACGAACCCGUGCUUAUUAUGCUUUCCGCCCGGCGAUACAACUCUUACAAAUCGUCCUACAGUGGUCUUCUAGACGCAGUUUCGGAUUUGCUGACCCAUCCCAAACCUACUGCACAAACGUUGUAUCGACUCGCAUACGAACUCGAUAAUCGAUCUCUCCAUUUGAUAGCCCCUCAGGAAGCUAACAAAGCCAUGGCAAAGCUCUUAUCCAUUGCUCAGGGUGACAGUAUGCUGUUAGCCUCCCUAGCAGCAGAGAUCUUGACCCACCAAGGAACGCCGACUUUGCCCGCACAGGCCAUCAGAAGCUCUCAACAAAAGGCCGGUGCUUUUAUUGAUCUCAACGGAACCACCAAGAACGCAGCAGCAACAUUCGAGAAAAGAAUCAACGUUGACGAUUACAAUUUCUUUGAGCUGGUUCACCCCGCCUAUUUUCGCCAAACGGUAGCCUUAGCUACAAUGGUCACCAAGUUUAUUACGAAACCUUCUUCACGUGCCAUGGAUGUUGGACCGGGUCCCGGCAGCAACCUUCUUGCAUUCUGUGAGCUAAUGCCGCAUACCGAAAUUCUGGCAAUUGAGCCCAGUGACGUUGCUUUUCAAUAUCUCAAAGACCAUUUCAGAAACAAUUCUAGAGUCAAAUGCCUUCAAGAAGACUUCCUGAAUCUACCGGUGGAACCCGAAGGAGUUGAUUACAUUAUGUCGACGGGCGCAUCUCAUCAUUUCAACACAGACGCAUUCCUUCAGCGCAGCAUAGAGUGGUUGCGACCUGGAGGAUAUUGGUGUAUCGCCGACGAAAUGAUCUCUCCAUUUACGACGCGGACAGAACGAAUGCUUAAUUUGCUUCGACACCAUCUGGCAUAUAUGACCCCGUUAUGUUUCCCCUGGUCGGGAGCAGAAAGGGAAAUGCUUACCCCGUCGGAACGGGACUUCGUCGACGAUUACAACCACACCAUUCCACAUGCCAAAUUUCAUGCUGAUAUCGGUGGUGUUGAUGAUGCAGAAGCCCUGUGCAGAGAACUGCUUUCCCGAACGGAGCAGCGUGGAUUCACAACUAAGGUAUCGGAUCCAAAACUCGCGUUUUGGCGACUUCAGUGGUUGGAAUUACAAGCCCUCAUAGCCGGCCUCGACUACGAAGUGGAACAGAAAACGUAUCCUCAACAUUUCAAGCAGAUGGCGGAAGGGGCUGGCCUCGUCUGUGUUGCACACGAACGAGUUUAUGGAACAACUGGACUCUCAGAUGAGGAUGCUGGAACACAUGUGAUGGUUUUCCAAAAAGCUUGA